GAUAGUUUCGAAGAAGAAAGGAGUCUGCUCUGCUUUGAAGUGCAUAGUUCUAAGCUCAUGGCUGGCAGUCCAGUGCCCCCUAGGAAGAAAGUGGUUGAAGAGACACGGCUGGUGUUGGAAGCAUUCUUGCAAGGAGCAUUAAAUAGAGGAGAGGAUGGGGCUCCAGGUCAUGUGGGCCGUGGCUACCACGACCCCCAAAGUUACAUGUCCAGGUCCCCUGUGGAAUAUUUUCCGGAGUGUCCUGCCUGCAGCCCUGCCCAUGAGGGAAGUAACUGUGUGGAAGGGAAAAAACAUAGCUUCCGCACUAGCAUCAAACACCUAUUGCAGAAGCGGUCCAGUUCUCGAGGGCCCUCAGACAAUCUGCCCUCGCCUGGAGACUCAUUAAAGAAAUCUAAGGCAGGAUCUGAGGGGACCCAUCGCAAGCGCCAUUUCUCCUUCAAGGGCCUCUUGAAGAAGAAGACUGCGACUGUUUCAGCAGAGAUAACUGACCCCAAUGCUCUCCCCAGGCGGCCUGACUCUUUGCCUCUCGUCACCUGCUAUUGUAAAAAGCAGGCAGCUGAACCAGAAGAGGCCCAAACAACAGGCAAUGGUGAAGCUGAGGGUGCUGAGUUUUAUACUUUGGUGGCUCAGAAACUAGAUUACUUGGUGAAACACCAACAACGGGUCAGCCCUACAGCUGCAAAAAGCUCAGUUUCUCCCAAAGAUCCAAAGAUUACAAUUCCCAUAGACACAAUCUCUGGCAAUUCAGUUGCCUUGGAAAAAGGGCCAGAACAAUUGGAUGAGAAAGAGAAAGAACAAAUCCUUCAGAGGUUGGUUGCCCUUCUGGAAGAGCAGGCUGCUAUCUUCAAUAAAAAGAUUGAAGCUGACCCACUGCUACGUAACACUAUCUCCCGCCUCUCCUACCGCAGCUUUACUCACCUGGCUGAAGCCUUCACAUCACGUACCCCAACUGGGGUUUCUAGCCCUCAGCUAGCCAAGCUAGCCCUUACCAUGGAACUCACAAGGAAAGUGGCCGGCAUUAACAGCCACGCAGUACAUACCCUCAUGGGCUAUAGUUUGCAAUAUAUGGAUAUGUUCAUACCUUGGUUGCAGCAGCAAGGUGGCUGGGAGAACAUUGUAGCCCAGGAGGAGAUAUUUGACUUGCAACUUGACUAAACAAACCCUUGUGCACCAGUGGCAAUGCUCUUAUGAUGAAUCAUGUUUGCAAAAGACUGAGUGCUGGGUUGAACUGCUAGCACUUAAAGGCCUUUGUGACUUUCCACCUAGGCUAAAUCUAAAGGGACUUUUUUUUAGUAGCCAUGAUUGGAGCUAAUUCUGAGAUAUUAAGAAUUAGCAGAAACCAACUCUAAUCUUCGGUGCUCGGAGUGAAUUGCAAAAUUUGAUCACAGUAUGCCAAAUUGUGUUGUCAAGUGUUCCUGCAGAAGUAUGAAGUAGUUGCUUCCUCUAAAACCUGCCAGUUGUCAAAAAUAUUUCUGAAAGGGCGUUCUUCAGAGAUACCUGCCAUCAAAGGCAAGAAAAGUCAUGCCCUUGGUGAGAACCUCUGUUCUUCAAGCCCUGAGCAACACUUGAUUUUUUUUUCCACCCAAGAUGAACUUUUCUUUCCUCAGAUUUUAUACUUGAGAUUAAAUAGAUAACACUCAAAUCUUAUUUUAUUCCUAUUUUCCAAUGGAUAGAUGAAAUUUUCAGAUGUGAUAUUGUCAAUAUUUAUUGUCUAUGCCUUUGUUCUGAAUUUUUUGUUCUGAAUUACUCUGAGAAAUGUUGGAGGUUUUGAACAAUAAUUCCCGACUUGCAGGAAAUUAAUUUCAGUGGGACUAUGAUUUGUGUAAAUAUGGGGAGAAAACAAACUUAAUAUCAAACUCAGGGAUAUGGGAGUGUGUUUGUUUAACAGCAAUGACUUCCCUGAAGCACUG